AUGAAUAAUGUUGUGUUUUUUAGGUUUCAUCAUCCAAUCCUCAGUCCCCUUGAAAGCAGUUUCCAGCUGGAGGUGGAUGUGCUUGCACACCUCUUAAAGGCUCAGGCUCAGAUCUCAGAGUGGAAGUUCCUUCCAUCCCUGGUCAACUUGCACAGUGCUCACACAAAGCUACAGACUUGGGGCCAAAUCUUUGAGAAGCAGCGAGAGACCAAGAAGCACCUGUUUGGAGGGCAGUCUCAGAAGGCUGUGCAGCCUCCGCACCUCUUCCUCUGGCUCAUGAAACUCAAGAACAUUCUCCUUGCAAAGUUCAGCUUCUACUUUCACGAGGCCCUCAGCCGACAAACAACAGCAUCCGAAAUGAAAACCUUGACUGCUAAAACCAAUCCUGAUUACUUUGGGAAAAUUUCGAGUUUUAUCCGGAAAUACGACGCCGUCAACGUUUCCCUCAUCUUCGACAAUCGCGGCUCCGAGAGUUUUCAGGGCCACGGUUAUCACCACCCCCAUUCCUACCGGGAGGCCCCCAAAGGAGUGGAUCAGUACCCUGCCGUGGUGUCUCUGCCCAGUGACAGGCCUGUCAUGCACUGGCCCAACGUCAUCAUGAUUAUGACUGACAGAACCUCUGACCUCAACAGCCUGGAGAAGGUUGUUCACUUCUAUGAUGACAAAGUCCAAAGCACCUACUUUCUGACUCGUCCGGAACCUCAUUUUACCAUUGUAGUUAUUUUUGAGUCUAAGAAGUCAGAGAGGGACUCUCAUUUUAUUUCUUUUCUCAAUGAAAUCUCACAUUCCCUAAAGAACUCCAAAGCUUUUGCCAGCUUGAAGCCUGGAUCCAAAGGGUAAAAUACAGACUACUUGCAAGUUGUCAAGGCAGUGUGCUGGCCUUGGGGGAGCUGUAGUUCUCAAAGAUUAUAUAAUUCUCAGAGUCUAAUUAAAAAGGAACUGUUAUUUUUAAUAUGCUUUAAGUUCCUUUUUUGUUUUUUUUUAAGCUAACAAGAAACUUGAAAAAUUAUUUUUGGGCACUGGUUGGUGGGACAACUUAGUUGUGGAGUGCUAAAUAACCACAGUGGUUUUCAAUUUACCAUAUGAAUAUUUUUCAGUCCA